GUAGAGGAAGUGAGGUUCUUACCAUAGCUGAUCUUUCCCAACAACAAGCUGUCGCCCAUCUGUGAAACUUCUGCAUUCGUUUCACGCAUCUUUUCUCAUUUUCAACUCCAACAUGAGUCCACUAAAACUCACUUUCAAGUGGUUUGGCAAUUUGAACUCUUUUUGGCGCUCCAAUGACAAAAAAGCCUCCAAGUCCAGAGCCGGAGCAGGGGGUUUUCCUGGCCAUGGGAGUGAGCAUGGGGCUUCGGAGAGACUCAGUCCAGUUCCUAAAACGGUCCAGGAUGACAUGGAGGCCAUGCGUCCUCGCACCGCCAGCUACAUCCGCUCCACUGAAGACUAUUCCCACAUGUGCACGUUGCCCCGGCUGCUGAGUAAGAAGAAGGAAAAGGGUGAUAAAGGAGAUCUCAAGAAGAGCAGAGAAAAAAGCAACAACCAGAAGAAAAGCCAGAAGUCCUCAGGAGACCAGGGUUGUCCUCCUUCAACACCCACAGGAGUGCCGUGCAGAGUGGAUGAGGAGGAAAUACCUACUACAAACAGGAUGGAGCUCAAAUUGGAAUCCCCACCUACCUCUAAAAUACAGUCUGAGCCUGCAGGUGAAAGUACAGACCACAGCAAUGCACCUGCACCGAGUCUCUGUGAAGAUCUGCUGCCCCCUGGUGGUCUGACGGAUAAAGUCCAAUCAGAGGAAGAAGCUGCUUCAGCAGAUCUGGACCAAGAAAGAGAUGAAACUCAAGGAGGUGGAUGCUCAGAAACCACGCCCCCUUCUCCUCCAAAGGAAGAGGACAGUAAAGAAGAGAAGAAACAGCAUGACUCAUUAAACCUAACCAGCCACACUGAGCAAGAUGAGAACCAGGCAGAAAAUGUGCAAUUCUCCAAGGAAAAGUAUCUGCUGGAGUCCCCGCCCGAGAAACUGCGGAAAGAACUGGAGGAGGAACUGAAACUGAGCCCUGCUGACAUCAGGAGCCAUGGCUGGUACCAUGGACACAUACCUCAAGAGGUGUCUGAGACCCUGGUCGUCCGUAAUGGAGAUUUCCUCGUGCACGACUCUCUGACCAAUGUGGGCGACUUCAUUCUGACCUGUCGAUGGGAUAAUGAAGUGCUCCACUUCAAGAUCAGUAAAGUUCUGGUCAAAUCCAAUGAGACAAAGGUUCAGUACAUGUUGGAGUCUGAUUGUUUUGACUCAGUCCAGGAGCUCGUGCGCUUCUAUGUGGGCCAGCGUAAGCCGCUGUCUCAGUCCUGCGCCGCCCACAUCUACUGUCCAGUCUGCAGGACCCUCCCUCUGCGCUACCUGGAGGCCACUUUUGCCCUCGCAAGCAGCAAGCACGGCUCCGCCUACUCGCCGUCCAGUCAGAGAGGAGCCCACAUCAAGAGAAGGAGCGUCACCAUGACUGACGGGCUGACAACUGAAAAGAUGAUACCUCACAGUGACUCAGACAGUCCAAGUCCAGUCGAGACACCGAUGGCACCACCAGAACCAAACCCGGAAAGUGUGCCCAGAAGCAGCCCAUCCACAGUCCACCAUCAUAAAGACGCAAUGCGGAACUGUGCGAUGAGCAUGGACCAGAUUCAGGAGUUUCGCUGCCCCUUGUCGCCUGUCGGGGAAACCCCACUGUCUCCUGCGCAUAGUGCCAUCGCCAGGCAGAGAACCCACUUGAGUGGGCGGGCCCUGGCGGUCGUCCCACCCUCCCCGGUGAUGCGUCGCUCCAGCGACCCUCAACUUAGCCCUACGGCCAGUAGCAGCCCUCCAGAACUUCCCACUCAUACCUCUCAGUCUGCAAACUCUUCACCUGCCCAUUAUUCCAGCCACCAAUCACAUUCCUCAGAGACAGCAGGGAGCUACUGUGACCUCAGACCCUGUGCCUCUGGCCCCCCCAAACCACCCACUAAGAGCUAUGUGGAGCGACUGCGAGUGGAGGAAAGGAGGAAACAGGAGGGGAAAGAAGAAGAAGAAGGAACCUUCAGCUCCCCACAGGUGGAAACAGCCUCUUCAUUUAGACCAUCAAGGUACGAGUCCCGCCUUCUUCCAGCUGAGAACAAGCCUCUGGAGAUGUCCGUGCUGAAGAAAGUGAAGGAGCUGCUGGCUGAGGUGGACGCGAGGACCGCAGCCAAACACAUCACUGUGUAUGACUGCAAGGUUGCUAGAAUUGUAGGUGUUACCUCAGAAAUGCAAAGGAUGAUGGGAGUCUCCUCUGGGUUAGAGUUGCUGACGCUGCCACAUGGACACCAGCUGAGGCUUGACCUACUGGAAAGGUUCUUCACCAUGUCCAUCAUGAUGGCUGUGGACCUUCUCGGCUGUACAGGAAGUACAGAGGAGCGUGCAGCUCUGCUCCACAAAACUAUCCAGCUAGCGGCCGAGCUGAAGAACAACCUGGGCAACAUGUUUGGUUUCGCUGCUGUGAUGAGAGCGCUGGAGCUGCCACAGAUCUCCCGCUUGGAGCAGACGUGGGUGACUUUACGGCAGAGACACACAGAGGGCGCCAUUCUGUACGAAAAGAAACUCAAGCCCUUCAUGAAGAACAUGAACGAUGGAAAAGAAUCUAGCGCUCUUUCCAACACAACCUUCCCACACAUCCUGCCUGUGCUGUCUUUGUUGGAGCGGGGCAUGGCUGUCGGUGAAGUGCUGGAGCCGUGGGAGAGCACAGAGGUGGGGGUGGACGUGGUCAUGUUCCACCUAGAGGCGGCUCGGACGAUAGCUCACCACGGAGAGAUCUACAGAACCAACGCAGAGAACAAACUGCAGGGUUUUCAGGAGCGGCCAGAGCUGGGCGAGAUCUUCCAAACGGAGUUUCAGAUGCGCCUCCUGUGGGGCUGCCGCGGCUCUGAGGGCAGCCAGUCGGAGCGUUACGAGAAAUUCGACAAAGUCCUCACCGCUCUGUCCCAGAAACUAGAGCCUCCCGCACGCCACAGCGAGCUAUAGCAGCAACAAUCACCAGAACAGUCCUGUCUGCACUCACCACCCAGAGUGGGAAAUUCUUGCUUUUGUGUCAUGGAUCAUGACUUUCGGAGAAAAGAGGAGGCAGCUAAGAGAAUGCGGAGAAUAAAAGAAGUUUCGCUCAGGCUCCGUCGGAUUUUCCGGUCUGUCUUGGGGACUUGCUCCGCACUGAAAUUUUUAAACGUUGAGGCGACAAAACCCGAAAAAAGGAAGUAAGGACCGAGGCAAGCAACACUUCAGGAUGCAAAUAUCUACAUUCAUAUGUUAAUAAGCCUUUAGGGCCAAAAUGAAUCAAUAAAAUGUGGCUUUACUCCAGACACCUCCUGUCACACGGUAGCCAGGAUGACCACAAACGCUUCCACAGCUCAUCUAUAGGUGUUUCUGCCGGUGUGUCUGUAAACAUUCUCCAUUUUUGUCUUUUUUUUUAUCUUCUAGUCUGCUUUUUAUCCUAUUUAUUAUGAUCAAAGGUAUCCAAACACGGUGUAUGUUUUUUCAUGAAACUCAUGAGAAGCUGGAGCAAGGGACCCAUCUUCAUAAAAUCUCAUUAAGAAUGUACCGAGCAGCCCCAUCAAAUCCCAUUAAAAAUAUGUCGGGCAUGCAUUCAUAAAUUGAUCAGAAAUUUCGCUUUUUUCUUGAUUUAAUGCAAGGCUGGAAUGUGAGAGUUGUUAAAAAGUCACUGCAGACCUCCCUUUGUUUUGGGUGUUGGAAAUAUUUGAUAUUGUGUGUCUUGUACACAAAUUGUAGCAGCACCACAACUAACAAAAAAACAACAACACGUGGAAUGUGUGGAUUUUCAAAUGUUUUCAAGCACUUUGUACUUGAUCACGAUGAACUCCUUUUUCAGGAUGCUAACUUGCUAAAAUUCACAAAAUUGUUGUUGCAUGCAGCCAUCAAUGUUACACCAGGUCAAAUAUGGCUUUAAAUGGUUCCAAAAAGGGCAGAACAGGAGAAUUAAUUUAUAGAACAUCAUGGAUGUGGAAAAUCUUAAAACUUGUGAUUUUCUUGAAUCAGAAUUUUUACUCUCUUUCAAUCAAAUAAGCUAAAUUGAAACCAGGUUUGGCAGCUGUGGCUAGGAGAAUGUCCUCAAUCGAGCUAAAAUGACUGAAGUCUGUUUUUCUUUUUUUUUAUGUUUCAACCUCUUUAGUCCAAAAU